UGUUAGGAUGUAAUACCAGCGAACAACAAGGAAUAAAAAAGGGUCAAAGGUCAUUUACGCGAUUUUAUAUAUAUCUUAGGCCUUUGCUGAGAGUUGCUUAUUGCUUGAAGGAGUUGGCUCCUGUGUCUCUGGGGCUCUUUCAGAUCAGAUGGCUUCAAAACCCAAAAUCUAUCAGUUUGAUGAAGUUGUAAAGCACAAGGAUAGAUACGAUUGUUGGCUUAUAAUCCAUGGGAAGGUGUACGAUGUAACCCAUUUUCUGGACGAACACCCUGGAGGGGAAGAAGUGUUGGUUGCAGCUACUGAGAAAGAUGCAACUGAUGAUUUUGACGAUGUUGGUCACAGCUCCUCGGCAAAAGAGCUGAUGAACAGGUACUAUAUCGGUGACAUUGAUGUCAAAAGCGUUCCACCCCCUGGAAAGAAGUACACUCCUCCUCCAAUUAAUCCUCCAAAAGCAAUAAACAAGUACUAUGCAAUCUUGGCGAAACUAUUACAACUCUUGUUACCGCUGCUGAUCCUGGGUGGAGCAUUUGCGGUGCGAUCAGCAAUAAAAAAGGACUAGUAUCUUUGUGAUAAUUUUUCCCUUGGAGGAAUGACUAUACAAGUCUUAGAACGCAUUUUGUUGUUUCGACUGUUCUGCUUAUCAGCAAAUCUCUGUAUUUUGUUUCUAAAUUCUAAUAAAAUUGGGCUUCUUCCUUCA